AUGUCCUUUGGCGGCUUCUGCAGCACCCCGCUGUGGCAGCCGAACGUCACGUGGUACACCGACUACCCUCGACUGACGCCAUGUUUCGAGAACACCGUGCUCACGUGGAUACCGUUUUCCGUGCUGGUGGUGUUUCUUCCGUUCAAGAUGGUCUCCUCGAUCGGGCCCAAGGUGCCUCCUUAUCCGAUGACCCUGCUCUCUUACGCCAAGUACGCCUUCAUGUUGUACCUCUGCCUCCUCCGCGUCCUCUGUCUCAACGACUAUGGCGGCCCCGACGUGGCCCGGAGCGAGUACAUGGCGUGCGUGAUGAGACUUGCCGGCUGCGUCAUCUCGAUGCUCUACCAGUACGCCGAACAGAGACGCGGCCGACAGACGUCCAACGUGCUGUUUCUGUACUGGACACUGAACGCGUGCUGCAGCACCGCCACUUACUACAGGGUGAUGCGCAACACGUUCAGCUCGCGUAGCGAGGCGCUGCCCUCGGCGUUUACUUACACGCUGCAAAUGAUCGCCUACCCAGUCAUGUGGGGCCUAGUGGUCCUCUAUUCGUUCACGGAACACUACGGGAAGGAGAAGCCCGGGAUAUGCCCCAUGGACUUGGCGUCGCCCAUAUCGUACCUCAGCUUCGAGUGGUACACGUCUCUCAUUCUGUCCGGUUACCGGAAGACGCUCAGGGUGGACGACCUCUUCCCAGUUUCCGAGGAGGUCAAGACGGUGAACAACUACAAAAGGUGGCUGCGGGUCAACAAAAACCCCACCAGCGGCAGGCACCUCAAGUGGUCCCUUUUCCGUACUGUGUGGGGCAAUGUGAUGACGACUCUAGUCGCGCAGAUUAUGUUCGCCUUCUUCAGGACUACGCCGCCCGUCCUCCUGACAUUCAUCAUCAGCUUCGUGAUCGACAAGAAAGAGUACUAUUGGAAAGGGUACUUCUACACUGCGAUCAUCUUCCUGUCGGGAAAGGCUGGAAUGACACUUUUGAGGCAUUGCGACUUUCACUACGUCGUCAUGGGCCUACAGCUCAAGGGCAUAUUGGUCCACGCGGUGUACACAAAAACACUGCGGAUAGCGAGUGCCUGUUUGACGAAAUACACUGCGGGGGAGAUCAUCAACCUGAUGACCGUGGACGCAGACAAGGUAUACCAGACAUCCCUCUUCGUGACAUCUGGCAUGGGUGCGCUUUUCAUGACGCUCAUGUCGGCAGUGUGGCUGUGGUUCUUCAUAGGCCCGUCGUCGCUCACUAUCAUAGUAGUCACGGUUUUGAUAUUUCCAAUAACAGGAAUACUCACCCGUAUGGCGGACAAGCUGCAGCAGAGGCUCAUGACAUUGAAGGACAACCGGCUCAUGUUCACCAACGAAGCGCUGAGCAACAUUCGCAUCCUCAAGUUCUACACUUGGGAAACUCCCUUCAUGAAACGCAUUCUCGACAUACGCAACCAGGAGGUGUUGACGAUCAAGUUCUACGCCAUCCUGGCGGCCACCAUGCGGUUCUUCUGGUUUACGCUCCCGUUUGUCCAGUCUCUAGCCAUCUUCGCCGUCUACAUGAUAUCGGAGGGCAUCACCACGCUAGACGUGCAGACCGGAUUCGUAUGCAUGACGCUGUGCAGCAUGCUUAGAAUGAAUCUCGCCACGUGUCCCGACGUCAUUUCCAAUUUCGUCCAGUCAUCGGUAUCUCUGGACCGGAUCGCCCAAUUCCUGGAAGCCGAAGAAAAAAACACGGACGUUAUCGGCAGCGAUCCAGGGGAGGGUAACGCCAUCCGCUUUUCGAACGCUUCCUUCACGUGGUCCACCGAAUCGGACGACCCGCCGUUCCUGCAGGACAUAGACGUGGUCAUACCCAAGGGUCAGCUCGUAGGCGUGUUCGGCCUCGUGGGAUGCGGCAAGUCUUCCUUUCUGAACGCCAUGCUGGGGGAGAUGGAUCUCGUAGAAGGCAGCAUCGACAUUGAUGGCGAAAUAGCGUACGUUCCGCAGCGCGCGUGGAUUCUUCACGGAACAAUACGCAAGAACAUCACGUUCAUGAACGAUUACGAGAAGUACUUUUACAAGAGGGUCACGGACAAGUGCUGCCUGAGAAGCGACUUCGAGAUGCUCAUGGACGGCGACAAAACCGAGAUCGGCGAGAAAGGAGUUAACCUAAGUGGAGGUCAGCGCCAACGGGUGAGCCUUGCGAGGGCCGUCUACUUGGACAAGGACAUCUACCUUCUGGAUGACCCUCUCAGUGCCGUGGAUGCAGAGGUUUGCGCGAAAAUCUUCAACAAGGUCAUUGGCCCUCGGGGGCUUCUGCAGAACAAGACGCGCAUCUUCGUGACGAACAACCUCGCGCUCCUGCAAGCGGUCGACGUCGUCCUGUUUCUCCACGAGGGCAGGGUCGCGGACUUCGGAACCUACCGCGAACUGAUUUCUAGAGGAGGCGACUUUGCCCGUGUCAUUCGCGAGUUCUCGAGACAGCGCGGCGACGACGACGGCAGCAAGCCCGACACCGCCGCGAUGAUGAGCAAGAUGACGUCCAGCGUAGCCGACAGCGGGGACACCAACACCACCGUGUCGGCCAUCACCAGGGCGAACGCGCUUGUCUGCGCUGAGGGCGUCGAGGUGGGCUCCAUCAAGAAAGAGGUGUACAUCAACUACCUUAAGCACGUGGGUUGCCUCAUCAUCUUCCUCACCUUCACCGGCUACACGUGCUGUCGAGCGUUCGACAUAGGGUGCGGCCUCUGGAUCGGCAGUUGGAGCCAGGACUCGUACCUACCCAAGGCAGAGCAGACAGUGGCCAGAAGGACCCAUCGGAUGAUCGUCUACGCGGUGCUGGGAACCCUAAUGGGCCUGUUCGCGUUCCUCGGCACGUCCAUGCUCAGUUACGGCACCAUCAAGGCUUCGAGGUCACUGCACGAGAAAAUGAUGGCGUGCAUGUUCGACGCGCCCAUGUCCUUCUUUGACACGACUCCCGUGGGACGCAUCCUAAACAGGGCGGGCAAGGACAUCGACCAGCUGGACGUGCAGCUGCCGCUCAUGUCGAACGUAUUCUUCGAGCUCUUCUUCCAGCUCAUGGCCAUGGGCGUCCUCAUAUCGGUCGUCCUGCCGGAGUUCCUGAUCGCCGCGGUGCCUUUGGCUUGCCUCUACGUCUACAUGCAAAAGUUCUACCUGCGCACACUGAGGCAGCUAAAGCGUCUGGAAGGCGUCACCAGGUCUCCCGUGGUGAACACGUUCGGCGAAACCCUGGACGGUCUGAGUAGCAUACGGAGUUACAACGCCGAGCAGAUCUUCAUCAACCGUUUCCUGAACGAGGUGGACGUCACGCAGAACUGCUCCUUCUCGCUGCUCAUCUCCAAGCUGUGGAUGAUCAGCCGGCUGGACCUGAUCGGCUGCGCGCUCGUCAUAGUCACCGCCGUCCUCAUCAUCCACUGGCGCGAGACCAUCAGCCCCGGCACGGCGGGCCUUCUCAUGUCCUACAUCAUCACGUCCACGUUCGCCUUCAACAACCUGGUCCACUACGCCGCCGAGUCGGAGGCGGCUAUCGUGUCCUCGGAGCGAGUCGAAGAGUACUCCAAGAUCGAGGGCGAGGCGGCGCGCUACGUCGAGCCGGGUCCACCUGAGAACUGGCCCCAAAGGGGAGCCAUCUCAUUCAUCAACUACAGCGCGCGCUACAGGGAAGGGCUGAGGCUGUGCUUGCGCGACGUGAACGUGGAGUUCGACGCCGCCGAGAAGGUCGCCAUCGUGGGCCGGACGGGUGCCGGCAAGUCGACGCUCACGCUGGCCAUGUUCCGCAUGAUCGAGGCGGCCAAGGGCUGCAUCGUCAUUGACGACAUCGACAUCUCCAAGAUCGGCUUGUUCGACCUGCGCUCGAAAAUCACCAUCAUCCCCCAGGACGCGGUGCUAUUCAGCGGAACGCUGAGGAUGAACUUGGACCCGGACGACGUGCACGAGGACAGCGAGCUGUGGGAGGUCCUGGACACGACCAACCUGAGAGAACGGUUCCCGGAGGGCCUCGAGACGGCCAUCACCGAAGGCGGCGCCAACAUCAGCGUCGGGCAGCGCCAGCUGGUGUGCCUGUGUCGUGCCGUGCUGAAGCACUCGAGGAUCCUGAUCCUGGACGAGGCCACGGCCGCUGUGGACGUCGAGACGGACGCGCUCAUUCAGAGGGUUAUCCGAGAAAUGUUCAAGGAGAGCACGGUGAUAACGAUCGCGCACAGGCUUAACACCAUCUUGGACGCGGACAGGGUAGUGGUCAUGGCGGACGGUGAGGUGAUCGAGAUGGGACCUCCCAACGAUCUGCUCGCGGACUCGUCCACGGAGUUUUACAGUAUGGCCAGAGAUGCCGGCCUAGUGUGAAAUGUGUAUUUUACGUUGUGUUUCAACAACGCGCGCGCAUGGCUCGUUUGAUGUGCUUCAUUCGGAAGAGGCACGCCUGCCUCUUUUACGAAAUGGCGGAUAAUGAUGAGAAUGCAGAU